UCUCAACUCGAUUCUUGUAGAUUUUAGAUCUGAAAUAUAAUGAAUGUUACAACUUAUUCGUAUGAUUCAUGUACAACUAAACUUUGAUUAAUCAAUUGCAACUACUCAUUCUUGAAAAAAAUACAGAGUUAACUUAAACGUAAUUAUUGUGUGCUCAUAAGAGCAACUUGAUUUGCUUUUGGACCUUACCUCGACGAAUUUUUUUUGCUACAAUUUUAAUCCAAUCCACCUAGCUACAUUAUAUAAACAUAAACAGGGUUUCUAGCCUAAUUGAUAUCCUAAUUCUCAAUAGUAAGCCAACCUCAAUGUACUAUGUUAUAAUCUCAAAAAGACUUCCUACUUCUUUACUUAUAGUAAUCUUUAAAAAAAUUCGAUCAUUGCCCAACUCCAUUCUGUUGGUAAUGACAAUGGGCGACUUAUUGAGUAAUUUGACUUAAUCAUCAUUAUCAUAUGUGCAUUGGGUCACUGACAUGCGCACUCUUAAUGAUUUUGAGCUUGAGUUGCAGUGGUUGAGCCAUGAAUCCGAAUGAGUGGGGAGAGGGCUGACUUGAAGCGUGAUAAUUAGGAGGGGGCUAACGUCUUACUUACUAGUCUAUUUCUUAAAAUUAUUACAAAUUUUACAAGUAAAUUUACUUAUAUUUUCAAUUUCAAGUGGUGCUAUAGCUCCUCCUGGCUCCAACCUAGCUCCUCCACUAAGUUGGAUUUGAAUAGAGUCCGAUUUUGGUCUCACUCAAAAUCCGAUUUUGGUCUCACUCAAAAUCGAUCCAUUUGUAUCCAAACAAUUGUAAAAAAAACUAUAUUGACAAGAACCACAAUAAAACUGAAUAUAAUUUUUUUUAUUAUCAAUAUAAUGAAUCUAAUUUAGACCCAAACUUCCUAAUUCCCACCUCAUUAUUAGUCAAACUCCUAGGCUGAGGUAGAAUCUUUCAAGCAAACGAAACAACCAUACUCAAAAGCCUAGCCCAUAGACAUGUUACCAAAAACCAUUUGCCAUCCACACCUACCCCAAAACCCUCUUUCCAUUUCCACCAUCUCCUCUCUUAUAUAUAAACUUCCCUCCAUUUUCCCCUUACCAAAACUCAAUACAAACUCUCACCUUCCACUUCUCAAAAACAACAUGAAGAAAUCCACCAAACCAAUCCUCCUCCUCUUCCUUCUACUCCCCAUAGCAAUCCUCUUCCUUCCCACCAUUCCUUCCCUUCUCCUCACCAUCCUAAUCACCACCACAAUCUUGAUCUUCCACCACAAUUCCAACAACAACAACAAGAACAACAAAAACCUCCCUCCCGGCCCUCCAUCCAUCCCAAUCUUCGGCAACUGGCUCCGCCUCGGCAACGACAUCAACCACCGCCUCCUCGCCUCCCUCUCCCUCACCCACGGCCCCGUCUUCCUCCUCAAGCUCGGCUCCAAGAACCUCGUCGCCGUCUCGGACCCGAAGCUCGCCCACCAGGUCCUCCACGCCCAAGGGGUCGAGUUCGGGUCCCGACCCCGCAACGUGGUGUUCGACAUCUUCACGGGGAACGGCCAGGACAUGGUGUUCACCGUCUACGGCGACCACUGGCGGAAGAUGCGGCGGAUCAUGGCCCUGCCCUUCUUCACCAACAGGGUCGUGCAGAGCUACGGCGGGAUGUGGGAGGAGGAGAUGGAUUCCGUCGUCCGCGAUUUGGGGAAGCAGGGGAAGGGAGAAGGGAUUGUGGUGAGGAGGAGGCUGCAGCUGAUGCUGUACAACAUAAUGUACAGGAUGAUGUUUGGUGUUGGGUUCGAGUCGGUGGAUGAUCCUCUGUUCGUGGAGGCGACGAGGUUUAAUUCGGAGAGGAGUCGGCUGGCGCAGAGCUUCGAGUAUAACUAUGGCGAUUUCAUUCCCCUGUUGAGGCCGUUUUUGAGGGGGUAUUUGAAUAAGUGCAGGGAUUUGCAGCGGCGGAGGCUGGCUUUCUUCAACAACCACUACGUGGAACAGAGAAGGAAAAUAUUGGCGGGAAAUAAUGGGGAGAAAACCCACAAACUCACCUGCGCCAUGGACCACAUAAUCGACGCAGAGAAGAAGGGCGAGAUCAGCGAAGCCAACGUGCUCUACAUCGUGGAGAACAUCAACGUCGCCGCCAUCGAAACCACCCUCUGGUCCAUGGAGUGGGCGAUCGCCGAGCUAGUGAACCACCCACAAGUCCAGCACAAAAUCCGGCAAGAAAUCUCCGACGUACUGAACAACAACUCCGUAACCGAAUCCAACCUCCGGGACCUCCCUUACCUGCAAGCAGUGGUGAAGGAGACGCUCCGGCUGCACACUCCGAUCCCCCUGCUGGUCCCGCACAUGAACCUCGAGGAGGCCCAGCUCGGUGGCUACACGAUCCCCAAGGAGUCGAAGGUGGUGGUGAACGCUUGGUGGCUGGCCAACAACCCGGCGUGGUGGAAGAACCCGGAGGAGUUCCGGCCAGAGAGGUUCUUGGAGGAGGAAGGGGAGACGGAUGCAGCGGUGGCCGGAGGGAGGGUGGAUUUCCGGUUCGUGCCGUUUGGGAUGGGGAGGAGGAGCUGCCCUGGGAUCAUACUGGCAAUGCCGAUCCUGGGGAUGGUGAUCGGGAAGCUGGUGAGUGAGUUCGAGAUGAAGGCUCCGCCGGGAGUGGAGAAGAUCGAUGUGACAGAGAAAGGUGGGCAGUUCAGUCUGCACAUUGCCAAACAUUCCACCGUAGUUUUCGAUCCGAUCGAGGUUUGAAUGUGUCGUCUGGAGAAGGGAACCUUGAA